AUGACGCCCAUCCACAAAAGCCCAGUGGUGGGGUCCUUCCCUGAUGCUGCUCCUUCCAAAUCGGCAACUCCCGUCUCAGAACAUGAACGCAGCAACCCGGGAACUCCUCGUGCUGCAUCCGUGGAGGCCUCGCAGGCCCGUCUGGUGGCUCAUCUUCCUUUGACAAAAGCUGCCGCCAGUCCCAGCCAACCUUCUGCGCCUAUUCCUUCGUCUCACGGCACUCUGCCGAAUUCCUCGCUUGGAAAGACCCAGACUGUGUUCAUCCAUAAACUCUACGAUAUGUUGGAGGACCAGCUUCUAAGUCACCUUAUCUGGUGGUCUCCAACAAACGAUAGCUUCUGCCUUUACCCCGGAGAGGAGUUCUCCAACGUUCUUGCACAAUACUUCAAACAUACCAAUAUUGCGUCGUUUAUCCGCCAGUUGAACAUGUACGGCUUCCACAAGGUUAACGACAGCUUUCAGAAUGAUGAGAAGCCGCAGUCGCCAUCAGCUUCGGGACAGAGCUCCACCAGAUGGGAGUUCCGUCAUUCGGCCAACCAAUUCCGCAAAGGGGAUGUCCAGUCGUUGAGUUUGAUCAAGCGCAAGUCGUCUAAGGUCAUCAAUUCUCACAAGGAAAUAGUCAGCUUGAAGUCUCUUCCACCAACUUCCAAUAUGGGCGACGAGAAGCCUCCGCAAUACCCAGAACAAGCCCAGCAACUGUACCAUCGCUCUGUGUACCAGCAGCUGUGGGAUCAAAUGACAGAUACAGGCUCCACCCACUCGGCGCUGCCUGAAUUGUCUACUCCCACCCCGCUCAAUGCCCACCCUCCAGUGGUCGCCUAUCACACCUAUCCAGUGUAUCCGCAUCUGGUGGCUACAUCCAACGUGCCUAACUCGCCAGGUCUGCCUCCCUAUCCAGACCAUGGCGUAGCGUCGCCUCCCUACAUCGGCCAGCCGCAACUGCAGCCUCAUCUGCGCCAACCAUCGGUGCAGACCCCAGCAAUCCCCGUGGACCAAUCUAUCAACCUCAAGUUGAUCGAGAUGAACAAUUCCAUCGCAAACCUCAAAGCAGGUUACCUGGAACUACUCUCACGCUACGAGAACUUGAGUGUCUUAUAUCUGCGUGGCCAGUCGGAGCUUUACCAACUCACUGAAAUCGUAGAAAAGUUACUUUCAAGAAACACCCCCGAGACUGAAUCGAAACGCGAGCCUGACCAAAUUGACAGGAGCAAGACAAGGACGCCGAUCGACAGAAUCAUCACACCAAACCAGGACACUAGCACCUCUCCCAUGAGCGUUAAGCCCAGUGGAAAGAACACUGAAUUGGACUUGUUCAAACAGCAGCUUCUCCUGAAGAUGAGCCAGCCAAUUACUGCAGAUUCCCUGGGCCAGAAGAGUCAUCAACAUAACUACCACUUGGACGAUGUCUCGCUGACUUUGUCGAAAGGAGCCAGUUCCAACUACAAUAUCGUGCCCCAACAUUAUCCUCUCAAUCCAAAUUAUUCGCUUUACACCAAUUCGGAUGCGGCUUUCAGGCAUUUUAAGAUGAGCAACGAAGAAAUUCAGCAGCGUCAGAAGGGGCCCCAUCCCAGCAGAAACGUGUCCGUGUUCAUGGAUCCACUUCAACCUGUCCCCAGCCGCACUCCUGUGGCCAACCCCACGUCCUUGGGCCCCGAUGGCAAGGAAAAGAGGCCCUCUGACUCCGCAGUUCAUCCUUAUGUACAACAGUACCAGCCACUCAACAUGCACCAACCCCCAGUUCAUGCCAUUUACCAAUAUAUUAGGCAGGAUAUUCGGCAGGAGCCUCUACAACAGCGCACACUUUCUUUGCCAGUGAUCGAGAAAACUUUGCCGCCGAAUUUGAUGACACAGCAACGCCAUUCAUCAACGACCACGUUACGUCAGCCUCAACCACAGACUGAACGUCACAACCUGAUUGCAAGAGCCCAAUCUCCAAGGUCACACAUUCCGGGCCAACAAAGACCCACUACUCCUCAGGGCUCUCUUGGACAACCACCUCAUGGAGCUCUUCAACAUCCACAGCAUCCACAGCAUGGACAUAUUCAACAUGUCCAACAUGUGCAACCAGGGCCACAGAUUCCACCAAUCCAAAGACCAGAGCGCAUGCAACUGCCCCAUGCUCCGCCCAUGAAGGUUGAGCUGGUCCCUGGUAGGGUGCAAACUCCUCCUCGGGACUUGAAGCUGCCUUUGAGGAAUCAACUACCAUCAGUUUCAGAGCUAGAUAAGUCCAUUAAGAGUAGUGGUUCAUCAGGCAGAGUGUAUGAUAUACUUCUGGACUCAGGGGAGGACAGAAACAAGAAAAGAAAGGUUGAAACGUAG